AUGGCCUGGAGGUGCAGCGGAAGGUCGAACAACGAGCCGAUACGAAAUCUGGCUCGACAGAGCAUCCUAGCCUUAGACAGGGUCACUGACGCCAUGGCCAAGGUCAACACGGUCAACCGUACGCCCUACCUUUGGCCAAGCAAUGCAUACCAAGACUCUCCGCAGUUCGUCUUCUUUUUUCUUCCUCGAACAUUCCAUUCUCUGGGCGAUAACACGCUCCCAUACGUCCACCCUGGAGCCACCGUUGUCAUCGUAGGCAGCGGAUCGGGAUAUUUGGCUGUAGUCCUGCAUCACCUUGUCUCCCCCAUGCAUUCGUCUGACAACCCAAACCUGCCUCAGGGGAAAGUCAUCGGGAUAGACCACAUCCCCGACGUCGCAGAACGGUCAAAGUACAACCUUGAGAAUGACGGGCUCGGCGCUGGAUUGACGGUAAGAUCGAACUAG